AUGAACAAUCAAUCUUCCUCACCAUCCUCCUGCUCCUCGUCGAACAGCGGCAACACCACAAGCGGAAUCAACGAGUCGUCGUCGCUUCCAGCACCAUCAUCAUUGAGGUCACUCCGUGCAGGCAUCCACAGAUCAUUUCCAAAUCGCCCACCCAUGUUUACGCAUCGUUCCCUUGAGGCUCUCGGCCUCAGUUCAUCGUCCAACAGCAGUCUAAAUCCUGAUCACCCGGCGAUCCGCAAUCAGAGGGAUAUCCUGAACGCUGCAUUGGCUGUGAUUCAUGCCGAUGACGAUUUGUUGGCGCAGUUAGUAUCCUCGUCGAACUCCAGGAACAAAAAGAGAGAUUUGCAAAGAGGUGGGCCUCCUCGGCAAUGA